AUGGUACAAAUAUCAAAGAAAAAGAUAAUAACCAAUAAUAAUAAAAAUAAUAAAAAUAAUAAUAAAAAUAAUAAUAAAAAUGAAGCAAAAUCCAAAGUUAUAACUAUUCAAGAAGAUAAAAGUGAUAAAGGUGUAUUAAAUAAAGUUGAUAAUUUUAUGAAUGGAGUUUAUGAUACACCAGAAGUAUUUGUAGGAUCAACCGAUAAAAUAAAGAAUUCAAUGACAGAUAUUAUGUCAAAUCUAUAUGAAUUAGCAAAAAAGAAUGAAUCAACAAUUACAGAAACCGAUGCAUUAGAUUCUUUAGUAACCAAAGGAUUCGAUGGUGAACAAAUUUGGGCACAACUUCAAUUAUAUAAUGAUCCAAUACUUCAAGAAUUGGAAUCAAAAGUAAAUGAUUUAACAACAAAUUCAAAUGAUUUAAAUAUAAUUAAACAAAAAAAACAACAAAUAGACGAUGAAGAUGAUGAAGAUGAUGAAAAUGAAGAUGAUUUCGAUGACUUUGAAGAUGAAGAUGAUGAUGAAGAUGAUGAUUUUAAUUUAGAACAUGAUGAUUACCAAGAAAGUGAUUUAGAGGAUGAAUUAUCACCACAAGAAGAUAGUUUAGGUGAUUCUGAUAUUGAAAGUGAAGAAUUAGAGGAAGAGGAAGAAGAAGAAGAAAAGAAAUCAAAUAAAAAAAAUAACAAAAAAGUAGUUACUACCAAUGUAAAUGAUAAAGAUGAUAAAAAGAAAAUUAAAGGUAAAAACUUUUUUGGUGAUGUUGAUGAAAAUGUUGACUUUUUCGAUGCAAAAGAGAUGGAAAAGUUUUUAGAUGAUGAAGAUGAUAAUGAAUAUCAAAGAAGAGAAGAUCAAGAGAAUGAUGAUGACGAUGACGAUGUCGAAUUGGGUGAUUCUGAUGAAGAUGAUGGUGGUUUAGAUUUACCAGAAGCUGAAAUGGAUGAUGAAGAAAAACAUUUAGAUUCACUUUUAGAUAAAUAUAUGGAAGAGAAUGCCGAAGAAUUAGAAUUAGAAAGAUUAGCUUCAAAAUCAAAAUCAAAAUCAAAAUCUUCAACAACUAAAAAAUCAAAAUCAAUUGACCCAUCAAAUAUGAAAUUUAAUGAUUUCUUUUCUGAUCCAAAUGAAAAAGGUGAAGAUGACGAUGAUAAUGAAUUCCCAAUUGAUUAUGAAGAUGAAGAAGGUGAUGAUGAUUAUGAAGAUGAAGAUGAUGAUGAUGAAAAUUUAGAUAAAGAAGAAGAAGAUGAAGAUGAAGAAGAUGAAGAAGAAAAUAAAGAAGAAAUUAAAGAAGAUAAAGAAGAAGCAACAUUACCACCAGAAGAAUUAUCAACUUUCCAAAAGAGAGCACAAAAAAUUCAACAAAGAAUUAAAGAACUUGAAGCUCAAAAUCUUAAAAAGAAAGAUUGGACUUUAGUUGGUGAAUCUUCUGCCAGAGAUCGUCCAUCAGAUUCAUUAUUAGGUGAAGUUUUAGAUUAUGAUCAUACACAAAGAGCAACACCAACUAUUACAGAAGAAACAAAUAAAACAAUUGAUGAUAUGAUUAAAAAGAGAAUUUUAGAAAAGAAUUUUGAUGAUGUAAUUAGAAAAACUGAAAAAGAAUUUAAAGAUAACUAUAAAAAGAAAAUAGAAUUAAGUGAUGAAAAAAAUACUGAAGGUUUAGGUGAUGUUUAUGAAAAAAGUUAUAUGAAACAAGUUUUAGGAGUUGAAGAAACAGAUGAAUUAAAACAAAAACAUAUUAAAAUUUAUGAAUUAUUUAAUAAAUUAUGUUAUAAAUUAGAUUCAUUAUCAAAUUUCCAAUUUACACCAAAGAGAAUUAAAGAUAGAGAAUUAAAUAUAACAACAGCAAAUGCAUUAACAAUUGAAGAGAAGAUACCAAUUGCAACAUCAUCAGCUACAAUGAUUGCACCAGAGGAAGUUUAUUUCAAGAAGAAUGCCGAUGAAAAAGGUGAAAGUGAAUUAACUAAAGAAGAACGUGUUAAGAAUAGAAAGAAAGUUAAACAACAAUGGAGAGAUGAAAAAGAUGAGAAAGAAGCUGAAAUUAGACAUAAAAAGAAGGUUGACCCAUCAUUUGCUAAAAAGACCACUGUUGCCGCUGAUAUGGCUCAUCUUAAACAAGCUAGUAAUGUUACAAUCUUUGAUUCAAAGAAAUCCGAUGUUCAUUCUGGUGACUUUAGAUCUGGUAAAACUUUUGCAACCAUUCAACAAAAAGAAGAAAAUAAAAGAAAAGGUAUUGAUGAUCCAAAUUCUCUAAAAUCAAAAAAGAAAGCAAAAUUGGAUAGUAUUAAAGGUAGUGAUUUCAAACUUUAA